GAGUCUGCAAGCUGCCAGAGGGCUCGGCGCCACACAGCUCACGAGGCCGGUCCUUACUUCGCUCGUGGGGCUCGCUAUUGUUCUGGGGCUUGCCCUCGUUAACACGAAGGCGGGCAGAAUUGGAGGGGGCACGGCGACUCCAUGCCUGGCAGGACCCGGCCACCCUCCCGGCGGCAACACGGCGGCGGCGCCGGUGCUGCCCCCCGAAUUCGGUGGCGUCCAGCGCUUCUCCAUCCCCGGCUCAUUUGCCCGGGUGCCGCCGUCAUCGGGCGACGACCGAGUGGCCGGCGUGCUGCAUUUUUAUCUCAAGGCGGGCAUCGUCGGCGGCGAGACGCGCAUGAAGGGCUUGGCCCUGUUUGAGUUUGUCGACUACCCACCCCACUUCCUGGCCCUCGGCAUCACGCAGAAGAGCGGCAUCCUCAACGUGCCCGAGAUGGACUCCCUGCGUGUGGGCGUGCGCUCGGAGGCCCAGGGCUGGGAGCGGUCGGUGGCGCUAAAGCGGUCCAUGUGCUCCGACAGGUGGAUCCAGCACCGGCGGCAGCCCAGCAAGGAGUACCGGGCGUGCGUGGCGGACGCACAGAACGCCACCACCGCCAGGAACUUCUACCGCAUGCCGGACGUCUACCUCAACUUUGGGCGGCUGGCCAAUUCUACCGACGUCAACCUGUUUGUGCACGGCUGGCCGCGCUUCGUCUCCCUGGCGCCCCUGCUCGCGGCAGCACAAACCUUGCCAGCCGACCCGCUGCAGCCGCCCUCAUCGCCACCCACCUUUGUCCAGCACCUUCCCUACCCAAGAGGCAUGGCCCCGGAGCUGGUGGCUCAGGUGCUGACGUGGAGGGCGGAGCACCAUGUGCCCCUGGGCAUCCCGACGUCUUACUUGUAUGUGCGGCCCCGCGACCAGGCGGCGCUGGCGGCGCAGCCCACCAUCCGGCGCCUGGUGGCUGCCGGCCAGCUGCAGCUGGUGUCCUGGGGCGACUUCAGCUUUUUCGAGGACUGGGAUACCUAUGACCUCUCCAUCCAGGCGGCGCACGGCGUGCUCUCUUUCUGGGGCACCAACACGCGGGUGUGGGUGGCCGACCUGGACGAGUUCAUCGUCACGCACCUGGACGUGCCAACCAUGCUGGGAUCCUCCAAAUGCCUGCCACGCCGGUCAGCCUGCUACACCAUGCACCGAUACGACGUGGUGCUGGGCGCCGCCAGCACCGACGGGGCACUCCGCGAGCCGACCAUUUGGCGCACCCCUGGGCACUCGCCGCUGCUGACAGCAUACCGGCAGGCGAUGGUGGUUGCAGACGAAGCAGAGCCCAAGACCUGGUCGGAUCCCAACAAUGUGUUCCCGGUCACCCUGCACCUCACCACGGCUUGCACAGGCGGCAACGACACCAAGUCGCCGUGCAGCACCCAGGUGCCGUGCGCUCCCGUGCGCCAGCAAUGCGCCUGGAUUGCACACAUCCUGCACAUGUUCACAGCCCAGCGGAGAGGUUUGGGCAAGGAUGCUGUGCUGGUGCCGCUGGGCCCAGGGUGGCUGAUCAUGGCCAACCAGUCCCGGUUUUGGUGA